GGCUCGUCUCCUCGGCCGAGGAGCAGCGCAAGUCCUGGAUGAACCGCAUGCACGGCUCACAGAAGCAUCAAGCUCAGCUCCUGAAGGACUUGAGCGCCAAACAGCAGGCGGGACGUGAGCUGCAAAUGAAAAAGAAGCAGCAGUUUACCCAAAUGGAGAACAAGCUCAAGGCAGUGGGAACCAACCAAAAAGAAGACCCGGAUGCAGCUACCGAGAAGUCGCCCGAGCGUUUGGCCUACCUCGAGGCCGUGCGACAGUUGAACAUCUACCAGGCCUUCGAGCCAGUGCCUGGUCGUAUGCGCACCAAGAUGAGCAAGUUGCAGCUGGAUCCCAUCAUCGAGCAGACCCUGGCGCUGCUGAGCAAGGUGGGUGUGUCCAAGGAGCAGCUGGAGAGCCUUCCAGUCAUUCAGGUGGCUGGAUCCAAGGGCAAGGGAACCACCUGUGCCAUUGUGCAGCACAUCUUAAUGGCGCAUGGCAUCAAGACCGGCCUGCUGUGCUCUCCGCAUCUCUUUUAUGCGCGUACAAAUUUCGAUUGA